CUUUUUUCUCCUUUCCCUCCCCACUACUUGACAUUGAGUGAACCAUCCUGUGAUAAUCUUGCAUAAGUUUUGCUAGAUUCACUCCAGUGUUUGAGUUACAUCUCCGAGCAGGUUUUACCGGACACUCGUUGGAGAACGUGUUUCACAUUCGAGUUGUUUGGAUUUUAAAAAUAAAUGACGGACACUAUUAAUUCUGGUACGUUUUGUGAAGUGGCAGUUGAAAUUGUGGGUCACAGAUAGUUUCCAUCAGCUUUGGUGAUUGGAUCGACGGGCCAAAGGGCCGAGUGAUUGAUAAUUUUUUUUUAUCUUUAAUUAAAUAAUAUUUGAAGGGAACUCGUUAUGCUCCGAGUGGAUAAAAUACUGUUCGUUGCGUUAAUUUUUUACAUUUCACCUACGACGUCCCAAACAUUACCGGAUGGUGCAUCCAGCUCACCCGAUUCUGCGGACGAUGAGUCAUCCCCUCGAGAAGCUCACACACCCACACCUCGUCUCCGGCCACUGGGUGCCGCUUCCGCAGGCGGCAGGAUAAUUUUUCCGGGGGACCCAGAGCCCUCCAAGCUGGCCUCCAGAGUGUCCCCGGACCUCACCGAAGUCUGCUCCGGCUCAACGUACUGCGAAAAUGUCCGUAAUUAUCCGACGGAGUUCAUUAUGAAUUCGCUGAAGACCCGGGGGAGCGAAUUCAAGCAUUUGGCGACGGUCGAUCAUCCCAUCGACUUCGGCCAGCGGACUGGAGUGUCCGAGUUCGAGACCCUCUGCGACACGGAAGUUGCUAUUAUUUAUCCUAAGGCAGCGAAAACCAUCAAGAAUGAGUGGUUAUUUAUUGUUAAUACUGAUUACAACGAGAAUAAUGAGGUUAAUUUCCAACAGGGCUUUCGCAUCGAGAAGUGCAUAAAUCCGAACAGCACCUGCAGGAUCGUGGAUCAUGCUGCAGCCGCGUCCGGAUACGACACGGUAUGCAGACAGCAGCACAUCACUCGGCAAGCACUGGGUGUCAAGGAUGGUGAACUGGCUGAAGGUGUCAUCAUGCUGCCCGUGAGCUGUUGCUGCUUUCUCCGGUACCGCGGGGAUUUCCUCUCCCGGAUGGGCGGGAGAGAUGCCGAGAGCUCUGCACGAACAGCAGCGUCAACACUUCACUGAUAUUCACUGGAGAACAGUCAUGUACAUUGAUCACAUCCACACAAUUUUUUUUGCAGAUUUUUCUACAAAAGAAAAAUAUUCAACAAAAUAUUCAACAAUUUUUCUGAAUGCGAGAACUCAAAAAAAAAAAGAUGUGCAGUAAUUUGAGGAAAUAAUGAGUCGAGCGAAUUUACUAAGCAAAUUAAAAUCGAUGAGAUCAAUUACCAACAAUUCAAGGCCCUUAAGAAAUUGGGGUCUCAUUAUCUGGGCCUAAAUGCCAUUGACAUGCGACAGUUGAUUAAAAAAUUGAGUCUUCCUCCAUCAGAAAAAUUGUCGAACAUCGCUAAUUACCUAAUCACAACUGAUCAUAUUUCCGAUGAGUAUUUCUUUGUCUCAACUCGUCACUAAAAUUUUCAUGUUCAGUCGAAAUCACCGAAGCAUUAAAUACAUUUUUUUUUCAGAAA